GCCUCCCCGUGUGUUGACGCGCAGCAACCAUGUGUAUUACAGUGGUCGGUAAGACCGUCCUUCUAGCCCUCCCCCGUGCCCAUGUACAGGUGUAUUGCGAAGGGUGGGUGGACCAAAUCCUCGGGUCCCUCGCGACAAUAGUCAGACGGCGACUGGAUCGGAGGAUAGCAUUCGACCUUCCAAGCUUGAGUUCACGCCCGUAAAACCUUGAGUUCGCUCAGGGUCUGCACGGAGAUAGAAACCAGCGUGAACUGAACUGCUCACAGAGAGAGUUCACUAGAUCUAUCAACCUGGUGAAUGGCACCUCCUGCUCUGACAAGAGUAUAAAUGCGAAG